CCGAGGCUCGUCUCGCGAUAGGUGGACUCGGGAGGAGAGGAGGGAGAUCUGAGCGGCGGAGCAGUGGCGGGCGGCCGGCACUCCGGCUCGGAGAGAAAGUAACCAUGGAAAAUCUUGAGGAGGAAAAUACUGCUGUACUUUCUUGCCUGAGGACUUUGGAAAACUUUCUUUCAAAACCAGAUGUGGAGGAAGGAUCCAACCUGAAUGUGCAGUACCAGCAGAGCAUGCAAUUGGAGGAAAGAGCUGAGCAGAUCCGUUCGAAAUCUCACCUUAUCCAGGUAGAACGGGAGAAGAUACAGAUGGAGUUGAGCCAUAAGAGGGCUCGAGUUGAACUUGAGAAGGCAGCAACAACCAAUGCCAGGAAUUAUGAGAGAGAGGCUGACCGCAACCAGGAGCUUAUGACCCGUAUCAAACAGCUCCAGGAGAGGGAGGUGGAAGCAGAGAAUAAAUUGAAGGAACAAACUGAAAUCAAUAGGUCAUGUAAACAGGAUCUGGACACGGCAAACAAGAAGCUCCAGGAGAAAGAGAACAAGUUAGCUGAAGCUAAUCAGACCAUCUGUGAGUUAAAGGGGAAAAUUUCUGAUUUGCAGUGGAAUAUAAUGAACCAGGAGAUGCAAGUGAAGAACUUGGAAUCCCAGAAGCAGGAGCUGAUGGAGCAGUUAGAUGUGCAGCACAAAAAAUGGCAGGAAGCCAGCCAGCGAGUCCUAGAGCUGCAAGAAAGCCAGUGUCUUAUAGCUGACAAUGAAAAGAAAAUCAAAGAACUGGAGCAGAAGCUAUCUCUGCAGGAGCAGGACGCUGCCAUUGUGAAGAACAUGAAGUCAGAACUUGUACGAUUCCCAAAGAUGGAGAGGGAAGUGAAGCACCUAAGGGAGGAAAAUGUCUACCUGAGAGAAAUGAAAGAGAACAAUGGCUUGUUGAAAGAAGAAGUAGAAGGACUUCAAAGAAAACUGGAACGUCAUGAGAAGAUACAGGAAGAUAUGGUGGCCUUGGAAUUGGAGAAGGAGAAACUUCUGGAAAAGCUGAAAAGCUGGGAGAGACUGGACCAAACUAUGGGCUUAAAUAUCAGGACCCCUGAAGAUCUCUCCAACUACAUUGUGUCCCUGCAACAGAGGGAGAUUGAGUUGACAGAAAAGAGCACCGCCAGCACAAGCAGUGCUCGAAUAUUGGAAAAGAUGCGUCAGCAGCUAAUAGAAGAUUUGCUUAAGGUCCAGAGUGAACUGUUGGAAGAGAGGAAGAAGCGGGAGUAUAAUGAAGACCUGGUCCGACGUCUUCAGAAGCGUGUUUUUCUUUUGACAAAGGAGCGAGACGUAAUGAGAUCUAUCUUGGACUCCUUUGAAAAUGAUAUGUCCCCAUUAGAGAAUUCUCCCCAGUUGGCCCUCCAAGUCCAUGAGGAGAUGGUGCAGAAUUUGCAUGCUAAUUAUGCUGAAAUGGAGGUUCAACUAUCCCAAGCCCUAGAAGAAUUGGGGAAUCAGAAAGAGCGAGCUGAAAUGCUGGACAUAGAGCUGAAAAUCCUGAAGUCUCAGACUGGUACAGUUGAUCAGAGCUUCUUUGUGUCCAAUGAUGAGUUGAAUGCCCUCAGAUUAAAGGUUGAGGAGCUGGUGAUGGAACGAAGUCAGUUAGAAGAGGAGAAGAAAAAUCUUGAGAUGCAGCUUGAGAAAUUGACUCUCCAGGGUCACUAUGACCAGAGCAAAACAAAAGUGCUCCACUUGAGUAUGAACCCAACCAGCCUUGCUAAGGAACGCCUCAAGAUGGAGCAGCAGCAGCUGCAGGAGGAGUGCCAGCAACUCCAGGAACUGGUCCGGGUCCUAGAAGGAGGGGGCUCCAUUGCCAACAAAUCGGAAGUGGCUGGUUGCCUGCAGCCUUCACAGGAGAUUUCAGAUCUGAAAAAGAAAUUGGAAAGUUCCGAACUGAGAAAUCAACGCCUAAAAGAGGUUUUCCAGACCAAGAUCCAAGAAUUCCGUAAGGUCUGCUACACCCUGACAGGAUAUCGGAUAGACCUCACCACCGAGAACCAGUAUCGCCUUACCUCUAUGUAUGCAGAGCACAAAUCAGACUGUCUCAUCUUUAAGGCCUCUAACCCCUCAAGAACCAAGAUGCAACUUCUGGAGACAGAGUUCUCCCACACUGUGCGUGAGCUCAUCGACCUCCAUCUGCUCCAGCAGGACAGCAUCCCUGUGUUCCUCAGCUCGGUGACUCUCGACCUCUUCAGCCGCCAGACCAUCGCCUAAGCCAACCUGCUGUGUUGGAAUCCCAGUGCCUUAAGCAACCCAGAGGCCACGAGAGCUUUAGCCUGCUACCCCCUGCCUCACCCCCUCCCCCUUGUCCCCACUCCAAAGGUUUAAAAUAUCCCCCAUUUUCAAAGUGAUUUUAAGAGGAUAAGGAUAGAGCAAGUGGCCUUGCUUUUUCAGAUUUCAUUUGUCUCAUCCCCCACUGAUGUCCCAAAUAUCCUUUCCUGUCCAGCUUGACCUAAUCCUGUCACCCUAGUUUUUGAUAUAUAUACAUCACCAUCUGUCGCUUCCCCAGAUAUUACUGCAGAGCCGCGCAUGCAGCUAUCUCCAGGGCCUCUUCUCUUCCUCCGUCCUCUUUCCUGGGUUAUUUCCUU